AUGGGCAAACUUCGAGGCAAUGCUCUCUUCGGCUGUGUCACGGCCCUUACCGCCCUAGGCUUUAUGCAGAUCGGCUUUGACAAUGGCCUCAUGGGUGGUCUCGUAGGCGGGAAACCUUUCAACGAAACAUUCAAUUCUCCUGACGCAACGAUGAUCGGCUUGAUAGUUUCAAUCAUGGAAAUCGGCGCGUUCAUUGGCAGUAUGACUUCCGCCUUUGUUGGCGAACGGCUGGGUCGCAGGCGAAGCAUCAUCAUUGCCGUCAUUAUUAUGGCGAUCGGCUCGUUACUUCAGACCACAGCAAACUCGAGGGCACACCUCAUUGUGGCCAGAAUUGUUGCUGGUUUUGGGCUCGGUAUCAACAAUUCCACCGUACCAGUCAUGCAGGCUGAAUACUCACCAAAAUCAACGCGAGGACUAUACGUCUGUAUGCAACUUAGUGUCCUCAACUUUGGAAUCUUUCUCGUUUACUGGAUUGACUACGGCUUCUCAUACAUCGAUACCAGUAUUGCUUGGCGCGUGCCUUGUAUCCUCCAGUUCGUUGCCCUGGCACCAAUGUUGGUCCUUUGUUUUCUUGUUGACGAGUCUCCUCGAUGGCUUGCAUCUCAUGACAUGAAUGAAGAAGCCCUGGAUGUCCUACGGAGACUUCAUGACGGCAAGAUGAGCGAUUCAGAAGUCCUUACACUCUAUAACGAUAUCCUCAACACUGUUCGGGUCGAGAAAGCCAUUGGUGCUGGCUCUUGGAAAGAUCUGCUCAAGAAUGACAGUAUCCAAAGCCAGAGACGAUUUCUCAUCGCUUGUGGAAUCCAAAUCUUCCAACAGGCCGGUGGUAUCAAUGCCAUUGUCUAUUACUCGGGUACUUUGUUCAGCAAGAGUGUCGGCUUUGAUGCUCAUAUGUCCUCACUGAUGGCCGGUUGCCUGAAUACCUGGUUUUUUGUAGGGUCUUUCAUCCCUUGGUUUUUGAUUGAUCGGAUCGGACGACGUCCGUUGCUCCUUUCAAUGAUCUCUCUGAUGGCCCUGGUUAUGGCUGUUCAGGCUUCUCUGAUCUAUCAAGUCGAGCACGCUACCGCUGUGGCCCAUAGCGCUGGCAUUGCCGCUGCAGCGAUGCUCUUCGUUUUUAUGGGCGCUUUCACUAUCGGGUUUCAGGCCACCGUCUGGGUAUAUCCCGCGGAAAUCCUCCCCCUCAGGUUACGUCAACGUGGUUCUAGUGUUAGUACGGCUUGCAACUGGAUUAUCAACUAUGUUAUCGUCCAAAUAACACCUCCGGCAAUUGCAAACAUCGGCUGGAGAACAUAUAUCAUCUUCGCCUGCCUUAACGCCCUCUGGGUGCCGAUUAUCUAUUUUUUCUUCCCCGAAACUAAAGGACUCGCACUUGAGGACGUUGACCGCUUAUUCGCCGGCGAGGACACAGUGACAGCCCGUGAGUUACAUGAACAAAAACAUACUUCAGUCGUUGAGCUAGAAACAUCGGGGGACAAAUAG